CCUGUCUGCGCACGGUUGCUAGUUAAUAUACAGGCUACAUGUAGGAGUUAAAUCGAGUCGAAAAAUGUGCAGGUUGGGUUUUAGUUACGGAUAAACGCCUCAAAAAGAUUUGUGCCACCCUUUUGACCAGUUACAGGAUAUCUGAAUGAGCCCGAAACAUGGUCAUUGGGAAUGCGAAUGUUUUGAAUGAAGUUAGAAAUCCUUCCAGUGAGUAGGUGGGUCGAAAGUUCUGGUUCCCGGAUGAGCUCCGGGGAGCCAGCCGAGAUGGGGGACAUCUUGGCAACCGAAGCCGACCUUCUGGGGAUGAUCAAGGAGUACCUUAAGUUUGAGGAAUUUGCAGAGACUGUUCAAAUUUUUGACAAGGAGUGCAAAAGGAAAGGCAAGCUUGUUUCAAAGCCUCGAGGAAGUACUCUCAGAGACUCAAAGACUCAUGUUAUUCAGAAAGACCUCCUCACCUGCUUUGAUGAUGGAGACCAAAAGGUGUUCUUUGAAUUGUGGACAGAGAAUAUUUCCUCUGAAGUAAAAGGCACAGAAGCUGAGGCCCAGAGACUGGAGUUCUAUCUCCACAUCCACUUUACUAUCUACCCACUGAGGAGGCUCCCGGAUAGACAGGACCGAGCUGAGUAUGAGGAGAGGAUUUCCUGUUUCAAGCAGUACCUCGAAACUCGUGGAGCAGCACUGAGCCAGACGACUGAAUUUUUGCCUUACUAUGCUUUGCCUUUUGUUCCCAACCCCACUGUCCACCCUUCAUUCAAGGAUCUUUUUCAGGACUCAUGGAUACCACAGUUGAAGGGCAAGGUGGUCAAGUUCCUAUCACUGACACUAAAACCAUCUAAGACUCCAAGGCUAAUGACUUUAUAUAAGGAGGGUGGAAGGACCAUGAAAGAGACCGUGCAGCAGUUACAGCUUCAGCUCGCUGAAUCAGACCGGCGGAUCACCAGUUACGUACGGAAGUUUAAUAAGAUGAAAGCUGACUACAGCAACUUGAUUGGAAUCACUGCUGAGCUGGUCGACUCUUUGGAGGCCACCAUCAGCGGAAAAAUGAUCUCUCCUGAGUAUCUGCAGAGUGUGUGUGUUCGUCUGUUCAGCAAUCAGAUGAGGCACAGUGUGGUGGAGAGCACUGAUUUUACCAGGCCUGGCACUGGAUAUUACCCUAUGAGUCCCUAUGAUGAUGGCUAUGCCUCUUCUAUGCUACGAGCAUCCAUUGCACCUCAAAGAGGAAAAGAUGUGCCAAUGUUGCCCUCUUUAGACUAUGAGAAGCUGAAGAAAGACCUGAUUGAAGGCUCAGACAGACUAAGGUGUCUGUUGCUGCAAGCACUGCGCUGGAGACUCACUCGCUCACUCCCUGGUGAACAACGAGACACGAUGCUCCAGGCCUACAUUAGCAACGAUCUGCUGGGGUGCUACAGCACAAAGCAGAAUACUGUGCUUCAUUUAAUGAGAUCAACAAAUGAGUUCGUCCGCCAAUCCAUGGCUCGUCUCAUCAAUGCGUUUGCCUCCCUUGCCGAGGGACGGGUUUACCUAUCUCAAAUUCCAGUUCUUCUGAAACUUCUGACAGACACGCUCAGGAAAGAGGAAAAAGAUUCCCUGACUCGAGAAAAUGUACUGGUGGCUCUGCAGAAACUGAGCCUCAGGAGGAACCAGCAGACAGCCAUGAUAGCAAAUAAUAUGAUUGGAUGGCUUGUGGAUGAGCUGCAGGACACAGAUUGCUUCAGUGACUACACCCUAGAGUACUCUGCAGCUUUGCUCAUGAACUUGUGUCUGCGAACAAAAGGGAAAAGGAAGUGUGCAGAGAACGCUAAGCAAGUGCUAAAGGUUCUGACUGACCUCCUUGGACAUGAAAGCCACGAGAUCCGACCAUAUGUGAAUGGAGCCCUGUACAGUAUCCUGUGUAUUCCCUCUGUGCGACGGGAAGCCAGGGAGAUGAGCGUUGAGGAGAUUCUUCGCUGCUACAACAAGGAAGAAAACGCAGACCUCAACAGACAGAUUGAGUUCAUCAUCAAACAACUAAACUCAGCUGAAGAAGAGGGACCAGAGUCAGAUGAUGAAGAUGAAGAGGACGACAAUGACGAAGACUUGAUGGAGACAGACCUAGAUAAAGAGGAAGUUCUUCAACCUCAGCACGGCGAACUGUCUGGGGAGAGUCUUCUCACGACUGAGUACCUGGGAAUUAUGACCAACAUGGCAAAAACAAUCAGGAGGUCAACCCCUUUGCCACAGCCAAAUGUGGAUGAGCCCCUCCAACGACCAGUCACCCCGAGUUCUCAUCGUAAUGUCAGCAUGGGUGACUACCAAGUUACCAACCAUGGAUGUGAGAGCAGCAGGGACAGGGAAUAUCCCAAGAGCAGACAGAAGAGCGAGGAAGGAAGCCUCCCUCCUUCCCGAUACAACUCGCGGCCUCCUACACGCUCUGGCAGUCGCCCCGGCAGUCGCCCCGGCACCGUUGACUCCCUCCGUCACAGCAUCGACUCGGAGUGUGGGCGUUUCUCCCAGGAUUCAGACUUGGACGGGGUGUAUGAAGAUGGAGCCAGAAAAGGUUCCCAGGACGAACAAAAUGGACACGCUGCCAGUGAUAAUUACAUCUCUCCCUUUGAAACCCGGUCCAAGCUACCCCGCACCCCUGAGAAUCCAGUCAGUCACAACGGUGCUCACCGGGAUCGCAGCCUGGCACCACACUUUUCACAGGCAGAGCCACAACAGAGCAGCUGUCCUGGUUCUGCCAGCUCCUCGGGACGAGGAGGGGGAAGUGGAGGUAAGCAGUCAAAGAGAAGGUGAGGAGGGAGCUGUCACCAUGGAGCAGCACUAUCUCGCUAGGAGUGUCGGCUUCCUGUAACAUCAUCUCCCCCAGGUUGUGAUCCAUGUCAGAGGAACAGAUUGUUAAGGAUCAGCGGCAGCAGCAAGAGGAGUCAGUGGAACAAUGUGUAGGAUUGUGGCUUUGCAUUUUUUCCCCCCAUCUGCCUUCAGCACAGACUAUUUUGGUAACAUAAUAUGAAGGCAGAACGUAAUCGCCUCCUCGAGCCGUGCAGCUCGGUGCAGCUUGUAGCCUCUGAAUCUGUGCUUAAGAUGGUACUGGAACGCCGUGAGCAACGACAAAACUUGUGUGUAACAAAAUGCAAGCUGCGUGAUUACUUAGACGUUAAUCUAUCAUUUUAGAGCCAUCUAAAAGAGAAUAUUAUGUCACCUUCUUUUCCAUUUUCAUCUAGAUUACUGGUUUUUGACCUUUUUCUUUACGUCCUUAUGAGGAUAAAAAUAUACCAGAGCUUCUUUUUGGAAGCUUAUGUGUUCAGACUUGAUUAAAGCUAAGGUUCAAUCAAUGUGGAAAUGAGAUGAAUGCAGCCACCGUUCUAGCAUCAAAUUAAUUUCUCUUAUCUGGAUUUUGAAAACCACUAGUCCUUUAAAUCUCACAGCGUAUUUCCUCAUGAAUAAGGAUUUGACUGAAAUGGUUCACACAUUCCAAAUGCACGGUCAGAUCAAAGUACUGGCUCCUGUUAAACUGGUAUAACUGGUCAAGUUUUUGCAUGUUAUUAAAAGGAUUCGAAAUCCGUACAACAUCUGACAAGCAAAAGAGUUUUCGUGGGUGUCUUAAGCUGAGCAUUGUACAUUUGCACUGUUUGUAGUUGUUGUGAUGCGUAUUUAUAUUUCAUUUUUGUUGUAAUGCAUUUUGAUAGAUGAUUUUAAAUAAAUGUCAUAUCACCUUU